AUGAGAGGACACUGCGAAGGUGUACCGAUUCAGACUUUACCCUCAACUGGGAACCUCUUGUGGCCAGGAUGGGUAAUUCGAUGGAAGUGUCACAAGGUUCUUUGUAGGAUCGACUCCAAGAGAUGUUCUCAGGACUGACACACAUACAUUGUGUCCUUGGGAAAAUAUCCAAGUCAGGAGCGAAAGUGUGCACCCAAGGAGAUUCGAACCAGUAUCCCGCUGACGCCAUGUGCGAAGGUGUACCGAUUCAGGACACCCAAGGCGCUGGAAACCACACAAGCGGUGUCGGAGUCUUUAAAAACCUCGUAUUCAGUACGCAGUUGCGACUUCAGAAAAGCGGGACCCCACCUGACCAUGGAGAGCCUUGUGAAGAGGUGAAUCGGGGCUUCUCAGGUGGCUUGGUGUGCUGUGCCCGAUCCAACGUGAUGCUCUCAAGAGAAUCGCAGAAAUCGCAGGUAAAAGGCCUCCAUAUUCGCAGGUUUGAAGACGCAAUAUGUUGAUCAACGUGUCUCCUGAAUUUCUUGCGAAUUCCUCACGUCGUUGUUGCAAACUUUCAGAGGACUCGGGUAGUCAUCGUCUGCCUCGCCAACGCCGAAAAAAACACCACACCGCACAGGCGAGGUCGCCAACGCGUCAUCCAAAAAACCUUGUGAGCCUCCAUAACCGAGCGAAUGACUGAUGACCAAGCCAUGUGUACCAACCGCAGGGAAAAUUGCUUCUAUCUCGUGCUCAACCACGAUUAUCAACAGGUCCAAGUGCACGGGAACCCAGAGACGUUACCGGGCUAGCGAAUACACAUCCAUCCACCUCUGUGUCCACCCCAGAACAUUUGGGAUUCCCUUUGACAAUCUUAGGUAUUUUGGUACACACCUCGAACGAAAAUAUCGCAGUCUCUGCCAUCGAGGCCGUGCGCUCAAAGCAAACGCUGUGAGGAUUCCCUGCGACAACUUUUGGGUAUUGUGGUACACACCCCCAACGAAAAUAUCGCAGCUGCUGCCGUCGAGGCUGUACACCCUGACGAAACGCUGUGCUACGUGACCUGCAUCACCUGUGGAUGCUACACAACGAAUCUCCUCCAAGUCUCGAUUGCCCCCCUGCGAUAUCACCUGUGAUGUCACUCACCUCGUCGAGACACGAUGGUACCGACAACAUUAUUAUUCUUUUUUUUGUCUCCCAUCAUUGAACUCUGUCGUCUGCCCCUCUGGCCCCUAUCCUCCACUUCUACCAGCUAGUCGACCCAACGGGGUCACAUAGGAGUGGGGGAUUGGACCCCCUUCUGCGGUUCCUGCCUGAAAUAUUUUUAUCGCGAGAAGGGUACAGCAGCAGUCCCUUCCCUGACGACUUGUGAAGUCGAUCAAGUUUAAGAACAACGAGCUUUGCAGCGCGUCGCUUCCAACGGAGACCAGGAAUUGAUCAGCGAGAAAAAAUUCACUCUGUCGGGACUCGAACCCAUGACCUGGCCCUUUACCAGACUGCAAGGCUACCCACUAGACCACCGGGGCGACCGGUGAUAGUACCAGCAUUGUGCCCAACUGAAUCCUGACCUAAUGCUCCGCCCCUCCUCGAGAACUACAACCUUCAACGGAUUGGCGCAGUUCGCACCACACUCUCGCCUCGUGUCCCGUUACUGCGGUCUCCUCUGCAUCAGAGUGUCAUCUCAAGGAUGACGAAAGAUUCUGUACGGUCAUCGAAUGUGACAAAUCUCCGGCGAAGGGACAACAUCUACCGACCAGCUUCAACACAUGCGACGAAUUCCUUCUCUAUUUGGUGCUCGCCGCUUCUUUAUCGACUCGCGCAUGUUCCGCACCUCGCCGGGAAUCUGAUUGUGGACAAGCUUCCUCGAGGAACGUCGAAGUCCUGGAUAAGUGUGACAAGAGGUGUCGAAAAGCUGACGAAUACUGACCCCCCUGCAUCGCAUCACACGUCUCUACGGGGUAUUUCGAACGAUAAGUCUGAGCAAUGUGCGCACUCUCCCACUUCAGCUGCCUCACAUAUUACUCACCCACCAAAACAACCCUGCCUGAAAAAUUCCGGUGCUCCUUCGCGACAAACAUCCGAGCUCAACGCACACCAUGAUGACGUUGCUUCAUUCCUGCGAACACCCUUCCUGGAUACCUCAGCUCCGCUCGUCCCUUCGAACUCCUAGUAGGGUCCCGUCAGGCCUUUCGAUCCCUUGACCAGUCGGAAAAAAAAAGCACCUUUCUCGAGUUAUUGCGACGCCUUUGCCCCUGAUCCAGACAACUUUACGCCGGGCCGGUGGUUGUGAAGGCCGUCGCCGGGGUUUUUAAACUCUCCGAAAAGACAGCCCAUGAGCAUCACUUCGCCGUUGGAGUAUUUCUCUUCAACUGUGUGACCUGGCGUUUUUGACGGCGUACAACUCCACUCACUCCUACGCGAGCUGUGAUUGACAAUCA